AUGGCUGUCAACCGACAUGUUGCACGGGUUGCCUCUGACCAUUGUCCGGUGGUUAUGCAGGUCGAAUUUCAGAAUUUCAAACAUCCAAAGAUCAUGAGAUUUAAAGAUGUGUGGCUUUCGUAUCCUGUUGCUUACCAUGUUGUUAAGAAAGCUUCGAGCAAGAAGUUUGUUGGUGAUCCUAUGGAGGUUUUAAACAAAAAAUUUCGAUUUGUGUUGAGAACUUUGUUUUUUUGGAACUGGUCAAAGCAUAAUAGCUUGUUGGAGCUCAAAGAUAAACUUAAAGUAGAAGUGGAUGAAUUACAAAAUAAAGAAGCCAAUGGAAGUGGUUUAUCUGAUCAGUCUAUUUUGCUUCUAAAGACCAAAGUCCAUGAAUUAAAUAUUACUUUUACAAGAUUAAACAUAUGGUGGAGACAAAGAAUCAAAGUCAAAUGGAUCAAGGAGGGUGACAUUAAUUCUCAGUUCUUCCACUCCUUUGCUAAUGGUAGGAAGAACGGUAACUCUAUCAGAUAG